AUGUCUACAGCUGGAUUACAGAAUGAGGCUCUCGGAUCUGGAACGUUGUGGACUGCUCCUCCAAAUGACGACGUGCAAUUGAGCGAGUAUAUCAAGAACUUCAUCGCAGACCAUCCAGAGGCACAGGAAGCGCUCUCAAACCCGGUGUUGUCUGUGCCGGAGGAAGACGACUCUCACCCUCUGGCAGACUACUUCAUCUCCACAUCCCACAACACCUAUCUACUCCAUAAUCAGCUGUACGGUCAAGCGUCGGCUGAUUCGUACACCCAUGUUCUUUCUCGUCAUGCUCGCUGUAUCGAGAUCGACGCCUGGGAUGCGUCGUCUCCGACUCCGUUGGGCGGUGUCAUCGUCGUCCAUGGCCAUACACUCGUACGGAGUAUCCCUUUUCGGGAAGUAGUGGAAGCUAUUGGUCAGGCAGUGGAUGCAGACCCCGAAGGUUGGCCAGUGUGGGUCGCAUUGGAGAACCAUACUGGGCAUGCAGGGCAGGGCGAGAUGGUCCAGGUAUUUGAGGAGGUGUGGGGCGAUAAGCUUGUCCGCGAAGAGCUCCCAGACGUGGGAGUGAUCACACCCAGAGAUCUAUGGGGAAAGAUCCUCCUGGAGGUAGAAUGGUAUCCGGAGAGCGGGGCGGUCCAGCGACAUGGCAUCUUCAACGAGUUGCACGAGGAAGUGAAGAAGAUGGUGCAGGAAGUUGACCCUACUCUCGAUCCGAAGGUCCUCCCUGAGCUUGCAGCGCUAGGCGUCUACGCGAAGAGUAUCAAGCCGCAUAAAGACUUCUUAACAAAGAAAAUGGAGCAACCAUCUUAUGCGCUGAUGAAUAUCUCGGAAAAAGCGGCGGCUGAGCUGCUACCAACUUCACUCCUGGAUCUCAUCUCGAACAACGGGAAACACCUCAUGCGCGUAUAUCCAGAGGGUAUCCGGAUCAAUUCCGAGAACCUCGUCCCCCACCGUUUCUGGCGAGGCGGUGCCCACAUGCCUGCGCUAAACUGGCAGAAAUUCGACAAAGGGAUGCAAAUCAACGAAGGCUUCUACGCCGGCACGCGGGGGUGGGUGCUCAAGCCGCCAAGUCUGCGUGCAGACUGGGACGGCAGCGGCAAACGCAACGGAACCGUCUUUUUCGCAAUUAGGAUCGUUGCAGGGUGUAACCUCCCCGUUGCUAAGGGUGUCACAGACGGGGAAUCGGUCGAACUGGGGAUCAAGACAGAGAUACUCCACUCGACGGGGGAUACGAUCAAGCGCACCAAGCACGUUCCAGCGCGUGUUUCUGCCUCAGGGGCAGACGCAGAAUGGGACGAUCACGAGCCGCUCGAAUGGUCUUACACCGACGAGGAGUUAGUCCAAUUCCGUAUCCUCCUAGUACAUGGGAAAUGGGACGGCGAACAAGAUCUGGGCGCGUUCAGCGCUCCAGUGGACAGGCUGCAGCAAGGCUGGCGGCUCGUCCGACUGUUGGACCUUACAGGCCGGCCGACGGAGGGGACUCUUUUGAUCCGGAUCGAUAUUGGCAAGCAGGGAGAGGGGGAGGUGGAUGCUUGAUCUCCCCUCUUCGCGGUGUGGAGUCCCGCUGUACGAGUGGAAUGAGACGCAACAGAAUGUGUGCGAUAGCUCUUAGCUAACUGAAU